AUGAAUGAGCUGGAGUACUUUGUUCUCAGUACGCACGGGAAGCGGUGUGAUAUCAUGCGCUACAUGCAGCAGCUGCGAGACUUGGAUGAGUGGAUCGAGUACCACCUCUCUCACCUUCGUUCCAUUGCAGCCGAGCGGGUGGCAUACCAGAAAGCGCAGGCACGCCAAAAGCAAAGCGUUAAUUGUGGUGGCACGCGUGGCCGAGGAUGCCGCGGUCGCGGUAGAGGACAAGCAUCUGCUGCUGCUGCAGAGUCGACCUUGCACGCGCACCACGUGCAUGAUGUAGAUGCGAGCCCUCAAGAAGAAGGUGGCGGCAAUAACGGCGAUGCAGACACCGUCGCCGGGGCGUACGCAGCGGAGCUCCAUCGGCAGUUCGCGUGGCACGAGACGUGCGUGCAGCGCCGCUGCCACGAGCGAGAGGCCCUGGCGGCGGAGCUCGCGGAGCGGUGCUCCGAGGUGCAACUCUCCAUGGCUUCGCGCCUGGCUAACUUUGCUGCUGUAGCAGAUGUCCCCGUGACGGAGCUGUCUGGGUAG